CACUACUGCGUGUUACAGAUUUUAUACUAUUGUUAGGUUGCUUAUUCUUCUUGCUUUUAGGUGUUCUUUAUAUAUAAUCUGUGUAAACAGUGGAAUAUUUGAUCAGCAUAAACCAUGCCUCUACAUGACCUCAGCAAAGACCUUCCGGACAUCGAGAAUAUUCUCUCUCUGAAUCCGAGGAUCAAACCUCAUGCCAAUCUUAUCUCAACAGCCGUAACCAAGAAGAAUAAAAAGCACUGGAAGCGAAAUGCGGACAAGGAUUGUUCGUCAUGCAAGCCGCUCGAGAAAAACUUUGAUGACAUCAAGCACACGACUCUUAGCGAGCGUGGUGCUCUUAGAGAAGCUGCCAGGUGUUUAAAAUGCGCCGAUGCUCCUUGUCAGAAGAGUUGUCCCACUCAGCUCGAUAUUAAAUCGUUUAUAACUAGCAUUGCGAAUAAGAACUUCUACGGGUCAGCGAAAGCUAUUCUGUCGGACAACCCCCUUGGUUUAACUUGUGGUAUGGUGUGUCCCACCAGCGACUUGUGUGUAGGUGGCUGCAACUUGUACGGGACAGAAGAGGGACCUAUUAAUAUUGGUGGAUUGCAGCAAUUUGCAACCGAGGUCUUUAAAAAUAUGGGUAUUCCCCAAAUACGAGACCCAAGCAUGGGAGCAUUGGAGGACCUUCCUUCUACAUAUCGCUCCAAGAUCGCUUUGUUCGGUUGCGGUCCUGCCAGCAUCAGUUGCGCUACUUUCCUGGCAAGGCUUGGUUACAAUGAUCUGACUAUCUUCGAAAAGAAGGAUUACGUUGGUGGGCUGAGCACUUCGGAAAUCCCCCAGUUUCGGCUUCCGUACGAUGUUGUUCACUUCGAGGUUCAGCUUAUGCAAGAUCUUGGCGUUAAGGUUAAGCUGGGCAAGGGAUUGGGGGACGAUGGAAUGGAUUUGGAAUCGUUAAAAAAAGACGGUUUCGCCGCAGUUUUCGUCGGAAUUGGGAAUCCAGAACCAAAGCGGAUUCCUGCCUUUAAAGAAUUGACUCAAGACCAGGGAUUUUACACGUCUAAGGGUUUCUUACCACUUGUUGCGAGAGCAUCGAAACCAGGAAUGUGCAACUGUUCCACAAGCACUCUGCCCAACAUGAGAAACGCCAAAGUGAUCGUAUUGGGCGCAGGUGACACGGCGUUCGACUGUGCUACUUCAGCACUAAGAUGUGGUGCUAAGAGAGUGUUUGUCGUUUUCCGAAAAGGCUUUAACCACGUGAGAGCAGUACCGGAAGAGAUGGACCUUGCUCGGGAGGAAAAAUGCGAACUUAUGCCUUUCCACUCCCCAUUGGAAGUGGAGGUUGGAGCAGGAGGCAGGAUAACUGGGAUGAGGUUCUGUCGCACUGAGCAAGAGGAGGACGGAAGUUGGACGGAGGACAAGGAACAAAUCGUUCGUCUCAAAGCUGAUUACGUCAUUUCGGCGUUCGGUUCUACUUUGUCCGACGAAAAAGUCAAGUCUGCCUUGUCACCGGUCAAGUUCAACAAGUGGGGAUUCCCCGAGGUUGACCCAUCGACCGGGGGCUCGAGUGAACCCUGGGUGUUUUUCGGGGGCGACGUAGCCGGGGUGGCCAACACUACUGUCGAAUCUGUGAACGAUGGAAAAACUGCGUCGUGGUUCGUGCACCGUUAUCUUCAGAGUCUCGGAGGUCUUACCUUGCCACACGAGCCUGCAUUGCCAAAAUUUUUCACACCGAUUGACGCGGUCGACGUCAGCAUAGAGGUCUGCGGUCUUAAGUUCCCGAACCCGUUUGGGCUUGCCAGUGCCCCACCGACCACUACUUCUGCGAUGAUACGGCGCGCGUUCGAAGCGGGUUGGGGAUUCGCACUUACCAAGACUUACUCCCUGCAGAAGGAUAUAGUUACAAACGUGUCACCCAGGAUAGUAAGAGGCACAACAUCCGGACACAUGUUUGGUCCCGGACAAGGAUCAUUUCUAAACAUCGAACUUAUCAGUGAGAAGACAUGCACAUACUGGUGUAGGAGCGUCACUGAAUUGAAGCGGGACUUCCCAGAAAAGAUAGUGAUUGCCAGCAUAAUGUGCGCCUUCAACAGAAAUGACUGGACGGAGCUCGCAAAAAUGUCAGAGGAUGCAGGCGCAGAUGCUCUUGAAUUAAACCUGUCUUGUCCUCAUGGCAUGGGUGAAAGGGGCAUGGGCCUCGCAUGCGGUCAAGACCCUAAGUUGGUGAUCGAGAUUUGCAAGUGGGUUCGUGCUGCUGUCAAAAUACCUUUCUUUGCAAAGUUGACACCGAAUGUUACUAAUAUUGUAACCAUCGCAGAGGCUGCUAAAGAUGGUGGUGCUGACGGAGUUACUGCUACGAACACAGUGUCUGGGUUGAUGGGUUUGCGAGGAGACUCCACCGCUUGGCCCGCCAUUGGAAAGCAACACAGAACAACAUACGGUGGAGUGUCUGGUAAUGCGAUACGACCAAUUGCUUUGAAAGCAGUUUCUGCCAUAUCAAGAGCAUUUCCUGGGUUCCCUGUCUUAGCAACUGGUGGAAUUGAUUCUGCGGAAGCUGGCUUACAAUAUCUGCAUGCAGGGGCGUCAGUCUUACAGGUUUGCAGUGCAGUUCAGAACCAGGAUUUCACACUGAUUGAUGAUUAUCUGAGCGGAUUGAAGACACUUCUCUACAUGCGUUCAUUGAACGAAGUGAAAAACUGGGACGGUCAAAGUCAACCAACACCAAGUCACCAACUUGGCAAAAGAGUCAUUAAGCUGGCCGACGUUAUUGGAAAAGACUUGCCCAACUUUGGUCCAUACCGCAAUGAAAGAGCUGCCAUAGCUGCCAAGAUUAAGAUUGAAACCAACCUGGUAGCUGAACAUGCUGCACCUCCAAAACAAAGGCCAAUCUAUGUUCCUACGAAACCCAUUCCCACGGUUCGUGACGUAGUUGGUGCUGCAUUGCCUCAAAUAGGAACCUACGGCGACCUUGAUAAUAAACAACAAGUACAAGCACUCAUCGACCCAGAGAUGUGUAUUAAUUGUGGUAAAUGCUACAUGGCUUGCAAUGAUUCCGGCUACCAGGCCAUUACAUUUGACCCAGUCACUCAUUUGCCGAUGGUGCAAGACACCUGUACUGGAUGUACAUUGUGUCUUAGUGUUUGCCCAAUCCUGGAUUGUAUUACCAUGGUGGAGAGAAAGAGUCCAUAUGAACCGAACCGUGGUGUGCCUCUGGCUGUCGCUGCUAUCUCUUAGACCGGGAAAGAAGGGCAACGGGUGUACAUAGAACAUUUUAGGUGCGGUCAAGCUGAAAAGUAGCGUGUGUAAUCAUUUUUGUGUGUGUUUAUUGCGUAGAUCAUGUUGGCUUAUACAUAAAUCUAAAAUGUUGUUUUUGUUUUAUUGGACUAAUGUUUCUCCACUGUUGGAAAGAAUUUAAUGUUGUGCCUUUAAGAUUCGAAAGUGCUGAAUUUCAUUAAGUAUAUUCAUUUUAACAGCCCUACACCUCAAAUCCUUUUUUUCUGUACUGCUAAUAGUUAUCCCAUCAAAAUAUACAAAAUACUUAGGCUUUGACUGCGAACAUCAUCUUAUAUUCACAGUACUAUAACUUUGCCAUUACCAUUUGUAACCACACUUCAUUGAAAUGUAGAGAAUAAAGUAGCACAACACGCACUG